CAGACCACACUCCUCAUCGAUCCCCUCCCAAUUGAAACCCUCGCCGCCGUCACCCACCAUGCCGCCGCCGCCCCCGCCACCAGCAUCACUGCCGGGCGAGCUCCUCGAGGAGAUCUUCCUCCGCCUCCCGCCGGACGAGCCCGCGUGCCUCGUGCGCGCCUCCCUCUCCAGCAAGUUCUGGCUCGGCCUCCUCUCCGGCCCUCGCUUCCGCGGUCGCUACCACGACCACCAUGGAGCUCCCCCCAUGCUCGGCUUCCUUCGUGGUUUCUGGCUGGAGGGCUGCCACUGGGGCGAAAAAGGUCCCGUUCCACGCUUUACGUCCACCGCGAAAUUCGGGGCGCGCAUUCCUGACGACGAAUGGGACGACUAUGACUACUCUGCGUGGGACUGCCGCCAUGGCCGCGUCCUUCUUGGGGAUGCGCGUUACUCCGCGCUCCUCGUCUGGGACCCCAUGACGGGCUGCCGGAGGGGGCUGGACUGGCCCAACCUGGCAGACAACAGCCGCGGGGUUGCCGUGCUCUGCGCCGUUAGCGGCUGUGACCACCGCACUUGUCACGCGGCUCCCUUCCAGGUGGUUUUUGUCGGCGUGGAAAUGGGAGAAGAUGAGGAUGAUGAUGAUUGUGCUGCAUUCGCUUGUGUGUCCUUGCCAGAGACCGGUGACUGGAGCAAGCCAUGCCCUCCAUGUGAUCAGUGGAGCGAGCCAUGCCCUCUUCUUCAUCUUCCAGCCGAUGCAUUCAUCAGGCCAAUCCCCCCUGUCCUCAUCCAAGAAGCACUUCACUUCAUGAUUCAGUCUCUUAAAGACGAUAGUGAAGAAAUUCUCAAGUAUGACUUGAGCUCUAAUAGCUUAUCACUGAUUGGUGCACCGAUUGAGGAUUCUGAAACUGUCACUUCCUCUAUCCUCAUGGCGAUGGAGGAUGACAGUUUGGGGUAUGCACAUGUCAAUGGAUCAACCUUCUACCUAUGGUCCAGACUGAUGGAUUCCAACGGAGUUGCCUCAUGGAGUCAACGUACAAUUAUCAAUCUCAUGAGCAUUCUCCCCAUCCAAAAUCCUGUGGAAACAAUUAGAGUAGUUGGAUCCGUGGAAGGUGGUGAUGUCAUUUUCCUCACCACGGUGCUGGGCAUCUAUGAGAUUAAUGUCGAUUCGCAGCGAUGGAAGAAGAUAGGGAAGAGAGAAAAUUUAGAUGCUGUGAUUCCAUACAUGAGUUUCUACAAUCGACAAGAAAGGGUGAUGCCCAAUGACGUGGUGCAUUGACAAGGUAUGGUUAAAUAUGCUUAAGGGCAGGCAGGCACUCUCAUCAACAAGAAAGAUGACAAGCUUAGGCGGCAGGGGUCUUCUGAUGAAUUAUAUCACUACAUAUUGCUUGAUUUCUCAUAUUGCUUUUAGCUCUUUUCAGUAAGCUUGACAGUCUCCCCAUGUUGUUCGCGUGCGUAAUUGGAUGAUGGAUUAUGUUGUAAACUUGUAAUGAACCUUCAAUUCUUGCAGCAGCAGCAGUAACCAUUUGCUCUGUUGUCUAAUUUGAUUAAAAAAUGCAGCUGUGAUAGUACCUUAA